UUGGCGGUGAGUCCUCACUAAGUCAGCUCGCGCUCUGUCCCAGGAUGAGACUUCCCUGUCAGCUGUGAGUGAGACGCAGAGGUCCAUGGUGAAAGCACGCGGGGCGGGCGCACGUCGUCACACCUGCUGGCUGCCUGGAUGGACAUAGAUGGAGGAACUUGCGCCGCAGUCGAGCGAUUGCUUCACCAUCUCUCGUGGGCCACGGGGGAGCGCGCUUGUAAGCUGAUUUAACCCGGGUGAUGUGAAUAACUCUCCGGGAUUAGAAGGUUAUUGGGUGAACGACGACAAUGCCCCGCGGCUCGGCCCUUCACUCCCGGCUAUUGUUCGCGCGGUGGCGGACGCACGGUACCCGGUCUCACUCGGAUCGUCUCCUCUAGCUGUACCUCGCCUUCCCGGUGUGGAUAAUAUGACUUCCUGGCUCUGCACACACAUCAGCGUCCAUCUGUGUCUCCUGCUGGUGUCUCUCUGCGCAGUGGAAGCCUCCGGUGCCGGUGAGAGUGCGUGUCGGUCUCCUGCUGUGACUUCGUGUGCAGAGUGUCUAAGACGUGGCCCACAGUGUGCCUGGUGCUUCAAGGAGGACUUUCUGGAUGAGGCAGGCCCGAGUCAGCGCUGUGACCUACCGGAGAAGCUGCUGAGCCGAGGCUGUGAGGUGGACUUCAUGGAGCAGUCAGAGGUGAAGGUGGAAGUCAACGCCACCAUCAGCAGCACACAAGUGUCACCGCGAGACAUCAGCGUUACCCUCAGACCAGGUUUGAAGGCCAGCAUUGUAGUCGCUGUUCAGCAGCUGGAGCGUUAUCCUGUUGAUCUUUACUACCUGGUUGAUGUCUCUGCAUCUAUGCAGGAAAACCUUGAUCAUUUGAAGACGGUAGGUGUAGCUUUAUCGCUUCGGAUGACGGAGCACUCCUCAGACCUCUGGCUCGGUUUUGGCUCAUUUGUGGACAAACCUGUCUCCCCCUACAUCAACGUCCACCCUUCCAAAAUCAACAAUCCCUGCAGUGAUUAUGAGAUCCGCUGUCGCCCGGCUCAUGGCUACCACCACGUUCUAAGUAUGACUAGAAACAUGAGCGAGUUCACACGAGUGAUCAAGCGGCAGCGAAUCUCAGGAAACAUGGACACACCAGAGGGAGGACUGGAUGCUAUGCUGCAGGCUGCUGUCUGUCAGAAAGCAGUGGGUUGGCGACCAGAGGCGAAGCGUCUUUUGCUGCUGAUGACCGACCAGCCGUCUCACCUUGCCCUGGACGGACGGCUGGCAGGGAUUGUGACACCGAAUGAUGGCCUGUGUCACCUGGAAAACAAUGUUUACACGGGCAGCACAAGGAUGGACCAUCCCUCUUUGGGUCAGCUGUCUGACAAGCUGCUGGAAAACCACGUCUACUCGUUGUUUGCAGUGGAAAAGCAGCAGUACCAGUGGUAUGAGGAGCUGGUACGCCUGCUGCCGGGAUCAUACCUGGGAAAGUUAGGCCUCUUUCAGGCUCCAAACCUAAUAGAGCUGGUGGUGGAGGCAUACAAGAGGUUGUUAUCAGAGGUAGCAGUGGCAGUGUCAGUGGACGAUAAGGCAGUCAGCAGGUACUGGGUGUCGGUAUCUCCCAUUUGUCCUGAUGGAGCCACUGCUCAGAACCAGAGCUGCUCCGGGGUGCAGCCUAACCAGACGGUCUACUUCAACAUCACAGUUGGCCUGAACUCCUGUCCUGCUGGAGUUGAAGAAGAAGAUGUAACAGUCAUGAUUCGCCCUGUGGGUUACAAUGAGUCCACUGUCGUUAGGAUAAAGGCUAAAUGUAGCUGCGGUUGUGGACCAGCAAAGCGCUGCUAUGAUGACAGCCAAUCAUCAUGCAGCGUAACACAAGAUGGGCUCAAUCAGGCACAGCGGCUGGCCCAUGGAGCGAUUAAAGACUCGAACAUAGAUUCAAACUGGAACUGCAGAGCGGCAGGGUCUGAUGUGGACUGCAGUGGUCGAGGAGUGUGUGACUGUGGGAGGUGUGUGUGCGAUCCGAGCAGACUCGGGACAGUUUAUGGGAGAUACUGUGAGAAAGAUGACUUCUCCUGCCCGUACGAAGGAGGGCUGCUGUGUGGAGGUCGAGGUGUUUGUGUGUCUGGUGAGUGCGUGUGCAAUGACGGCUGGACAGGAGAAAGCUGUGGCUGUCCCGUCUCCACAGCGACCUGCCAGUCAGAUAGCGGUUUAAUUUGCAGCGGGUUUGGAAGAUGCGUGUGCGGCCAGUGUGUGUGUGACGACCUCCAAUUCUCCGGAGACCUCUGUGAGAGAAAUCUUGCACGGCAAAGCACCUGCCAAUCAUACUGGAAGUGUGUUGACUGCCAUGUGUCUCACGAUCUUGCACAAGGAGAGGCAGGACUCUGCAACAACACCUGUCCCCCCUCUGUAGGCUACAUGGACGAUGCAUCAGGUCACACGGGAGAGCCUGGCGUUCAGUGUAUGUACAUCAGUAAAGACAGCUGUCGUUACCGGUUUCUAACAAGCUCACAGUUCGGUCAGACACAGCUGCACAUCAACACAAGACCAGAGUGUGCCAGCAACGGGCGGCUGGUGGGGACAUUCCUGAGCGUGUGUGCUCUGACGGUGCUGUGCGGGCUGGUGGUGGUGGCUGUGUCCCGGCUCCUGCUGCAGACCAGAGGAAAGUCAACAGGGGGCGCCUCUGUGGACGGAGGCUACCUCUGCACUGGAAAGGACAUGUCAUACAUCCCCACAACUAAUGAGAAGACUGUGACCUACAGGAGGGACCGCCCCCCUGACCGCCCCUUGGAGAUGCACAUCCAGGUUCCUAAGAUGCCUCUGGGCGACCCCUGGCAGUACUAGGCCAAAGACAGAAGAAAGCCAGCAGAAAGAGACAUGUAGAAGUUACAUCUCAAAGCAUCUUCUCUGCUUCUUAACCUUCAUCAAACAACCAGCAGCUGUAUGUGGAGACUGUGAUAGUGGUACCUAACUCUGAAACCUCUGUGGGAUCGACAUGGAAGCCUCUCUAGACUGUGUGACAAACAAGGCCAGUAUACAGGAGAUCAAGAUGAAACUAAGAGCACAAAUCCCCACCUCUUCUUCUUCUUCUGUUGCAGCAGGGAGGCUGCUUCUUCCUCCACAGGGUAAAAGGUGAUCUGCUUUUAGACUCUCACAUGUGUGUGUGUUUGUUAGAGAGAGUGUAUGGAUGAGUGUAUGGCACAGUUGUGCUUCAUCUUUGCUUUCUAUUUAUGAUUUUAGAGUAAAAACACUACAUUGACUAAGAUUUGUGUUAUUGUGUGACACUCCAAACUCUAUCUCCUUGUCUUAGUACGCCCCCUUGUGGCAAGCUUGAGGUACGACAUGUUUUUUCCCCCAAUAAUACUGUCUGCACUGACCUCAGCUGUGUUUCUUCUGGAAUUAACUCAUGAAGCACAUCGAUUAUUGUGAUUAUUUUAUACUUUGGUUAGAUUCUGCCUAGGUGGGGUACUUUGUCUUCUUGUUCUUUUAAAUGUUACAUUUUGGUUCGUUGACUGAUCAACUGCAAAUUAGUGUUAUGUUCAUGAUUAUCGAGGUUAUAGUUUCUUAUGAUUGUCAGUUGUUGAUAAUCUUGUUAGACUUGCACUUCUUUUUUGCAUUAUACUACUGAAAACUGGGGACUGUAAGAACAGGAGAGCUGCAACUAUGGGAAAUGGUUGUUUUGCUUUAUGAUGGGCAUUAUAAGGCAUUUAAAGCUAAUAUGAUGAAUCCACGAUAACACUGGAAUAAUGAUGGGCUGGAAACUGCAUCAACAAGCGUGGCCUCCAUAACCAAAGCAGAACUGUCUGCAUGCAACUGCUGAUCAUCCCAAGCCAUACUGGAUUCUGAACAUUCUUGGUACAAACAAAAAUAUCUCUCAUCAAAGGUUGAGUUACAUCUCCGAAUGCAUAAGCAUCCAGUGUGGAAGAUGCACGGCAUGUUUGGAAACUCACCCAAUCCUGUUCCUCUUUUUGAUUUUGUUUAACAGUGUUGUUUACAGCAAUACCUGCUCUUUUUCACUGUAAGUCAGGAACACUAAUUAUUAUUUAUUUUGAUUAUUUUUCCUUUUUAUUUAUGUUGAUUGUUUUAUUUUAUGAUAAGUUGGUACUGUUUGUGUUUAUAAAGAAUGAUUUUUAUCUCUAACUACAAGAGUCAAUAAGUGAAUAAUCAUCUCAUCGAGUCGGGAGUAACAACAGCACUUUUCCUGUGUAGUUUUGCUGUCAAUCAACAUGACUA